AUGGAUAAUAAUAAUAGCACCGAACAAUCAGAUAAUAGAGAAUCAAUACUCUUUAAUAAUAUUUGGAAAAAUAAUCUACUUAAACAAAAAAUUUUAGAUUAUUUAAAAUAUUAUAAUAGAUUAUAUUUAAAAAAAAAAGAAUUUAAAAACUAUGUGGAAUUUCUCGAAUCAGAGGAAAAGACACAAAUAACAUCACUUGUAAUCAGUCUAGGAUUUCUCAACUCUGAUAGUUUAUUCGAUUUUUUACAGAAACUACCAAGCAAUAUUGAAAGAAUAGAAAUUAAAGGUUGUAAUUUAGUAUUCGAUAUUGAUAAAUUAAUUUUACCCAAUACACUUAAAUCAAUUAUAUUCAAUAACAAACCAAAUAAGAUGCAAGCCAAUAUUGAAAUCUUUUUAAUAGACCAAUCUUCCUCUUCCUCUUCCCCAUCACCCUCUUUAUUUGGUUCCUUUCUUUCAAAAAUAAAAAAAAAACCAAUUCCAAAAACUAUACCCUCAGCUCAACCAAUAUAUAAUUUGGUUUCACUAGGACUUGGGCAAUAUCUCGAAAAAAUUUUAAUAAAUUAUCAUUUAUCAAAAGCAAUAAAUCUUCGUUAUUUAAUACUCAAUCACGAAUUUUCAACCCCGAUUUUAGAAGGAAUGCUUCCUAAUCAACUAUAUAGUUUAAUUAUAGAUGACAACUAUCCAUUUAAUGAAUUAUAUUUCCCAAAUAAUUUAAGAAAAUUUCAAAUGGGUCCAAACUCUGUUUUAAAAUAUUCAUCCAUAUUAGAGAAACUGCCAGUAACUUUGGAAUAUCUUGUGUUACUUGGUCAUUUUAAUCAUAAUAAUGGAAGUCCAAUCAAAUCAUUAAAACAAUCACCAAAUUUAAAGAGUUUGAUCCUACCCGAUAGUAUUUUUCAACCAAAACAAAACAAAAAAGACAGCGAGUUAUUAAAAAAUCUUUUCUCAACCAAAUCUUUUACUUCAAUAACCUCUCUUUCACUAGGAUCAGCUGAUAAAACAAUGUUUAAAGUAGAUUUCGAUAUUGGCCUUCUACCUCCAACUCUAAAGAAACUCAAACUAUCCUCUUGUAUUGCAAUAAAGAAUGAUGAGGCAAAAAGAGGGUUUCCACAAAGCUUAAUAAAGAUUAGUGCAAAUGCACCACAUCUUUCGUGUAAGUUUGAAAACGCAUCAAAUAUUCAGUUCAUAAAAAUAAGUCUUUUUAAUAGAUCAAGUGAUAUCAAUUUUGAAAGGUUUCAAGGAUUAAAAUCAGUAAGAUAUAACUUUAUUUCAAUGGAAAAAGAAGAUAUUUUAUUUAAAAUCAUACCCAAAACUGUUAGAAAUAUAGAAAUACUUGCAACUGAUUUAGACUUUUUUAAAACCAUCGAAUUACCUUUUUCAGCAUCAAAUAUACAAUCAUUAAAAUUAGAUCCUCUUCUUUCAAUGAAUAUAAUAAAAUUAAUAAAAUCAAAUACAUCAUUACCAGUAUUCCCACCAACACUACUUUUAUUGGAUCUAAACCUCUAUCUUUUAAACACAGAUUAUUACCAGGAUGUAUUUAAAAGUCAAUAUUUUUGGGCACCAUCAUUAAAAGAAGUGAUACUCAGAGGUGUUGCAACACCAAUAACUUCAAUACCAGAGACAUUAAAAACUAUUUAUAUUUCGAGCAAAAGUCCUGUUUUCGAAAAAAACUCAAUAUUUAAUCAAUUAACACCCCACAUUAAAUCUUUGGUUAUAUUCGAUACUGAUAAUGAUCAUCCAGUUAAUAAAAUACAAUCAAUUUCAAAUCUAUAUAGAAAUUUAAAAAACAAAUAUUUAAAUUAA